UUUUGGGUUUUUUUUUGCGGUUGUUUUUUUUCUUCCUGGGGCGGUAAACAACUCGAGAAGAUAGAUAUCUUUAAAGAAAAUACCGUAAUGGAGAUGGAUUAAAAUACAGAAUGUUUGUCUUGUACCUAAAAAUGUGAUACUGUCAGUUGGAGUCAAAAUAUUUUGGCUUAAAGGAAACACUGGUUUUGCUGUUUGCUUUGAACGUGUGACUUUCUACAGGAGGUGUUGUGCAGUACUGAGCUGUAUGGCUGUAGGGAAGCUAUGGAUAGAGCAUUAAAAAUAGAAUGUGUUUAAAGUAAUUCUGUCACCUUGUCACUUGUAAAGUGGUUUUGCUUGGAUUGUGGUUGUUUCUUUUCCCCACGAUAUGGAAAAUGCAGCAAGGUAGCACAGCUGAAGGGACUUGUUUUUGAAGGUCGUGCUUUAGAUGGCUGGGAGUGCUAGCCAGCUGUCUGAUGCCCUGUUUCAUAAUAGGUAAAACUCACUAAUCUCCCCAGAGAUUGCUCCUAAUGAACACAGUGUCACUGGUAGUAAAAGAAUUUAUUAUUAUUGCCUGGAAGCUGCUCCUGAAAUUUUUAAAAUAUUUCUGGGUAAUGAAGAUGCUGCUGAGGAGAUCAGUGGAGUAGUGGUGUUUGCUCAGAGAAAAAGCAGUGUUUGAUGAGAAAUGAGAGUGGAUAAAGUGAUGUCGUAUUCUGUGCUGAGAAAUCUGGGCAAUUGUCUGUAUGAGAAUGUCACAGUGUAUAUGGGGGGGGGGCGGGAAGGCAGAAUUUGGGCCUUCAUCUUCUUGCCCACCCUGGCAAAGAUUCCUUGGGGAGAACCAAGCCUUUUGGAGGAGUGCUGCUCCAUGGUGAUUUGUCAGUGCUGAGACCCCGAGGAACUAUCAUUUUACUGCCACCUCGUGCAGCUAUUUUUACAGUGGAUCCAGCUCUGACAGUGAUUUUUCCUGUUGACUGUGCAAAUCCACUUGAAGGAGGAAAAAAUGGUAGUGACAAAAGGCUGUGUCAGUGCUGAUCGUGUUUGAAACAUAGGAUGUGAUCAUGUCUCCUACCACAGCCAAUAUUGUCAUUAUCACAGCAGUCAGGAAGCAGGGCUGCCUUGUCAGUUGAUCUGUGCAUUUGACCAAAACCUGUAUGGUCAUUUUGCUCCAAAUUACCCCAAGGACAGAAAAAAGAUCGAGCAGUAUCAAUUAAAAUCCUCAGCCAAGCUGUUUGGUAACUUAUUCUUUCUCGACAGAUCACUGAAUUUUUGACAAAUGUGUCAGAUGAUCUUGCAAAUUCUUUACUUCAGGCGGGUUGUGAAACUUCUCAGAGUUGGUUGCUCGGUGGACUUUUCGUGUGUGCUGUCAGACUUGUGCCUUGUGUUGCCAGUGACUAAAGCAGCUCUGUCAGAAACACAUCGAAGGCUGACAUUCCAGAUCUUAGUAUUUUACUGGGUUACAUCUCCUGCGAUAUGAGAAAUGAGUGUUGGACGCAGAAGAUUAAAGCUGCUGGGAAUUCUGAUGAUGGUAAACAUUUUUAUUUAUGUGAUUGUGGAAGUCUCGAAGAGCGGUAGCCAAGACAAGAAUGCAAAAGGCCGUGUUGUUAUACCACGUAGCAAAUUCUGGAGGAAAUACACUCCUCACAAAGCUUAUUGGAACAAACAGCAACAGAAGCUUGAGCUGCUGUACAACCCUAUUCUGUCCUUGCUUUCCAAUAUGACUGUGGAAGAGAACUUAAUUUCUAACCUGAGUGCUCUCAAUUCCUGUGAUCCUGACCCCUUGGUUCACUCAGAGGUUAGUGACUUUGCAGACUUGCCAGACAGAUUCAAAGACUUCCUCCUCUAUUUAAGGUGUAGAAAUUACUCAUUGCUAAUGGAUCAGCCAAACAAGUGUGAACAGAAACCUUUCCUGUUGCUGGCUAUUAAGUCACUUAUACCCCAUUUUGAUAGAAGACAAGCAAUUAGGGAAUCCUGGGGCAAGGAAAUAACAUCAGGGGAUGUGAUAGUCAGAAGGGUCUUCUUACUUGGGCAGACCCCACCAGAGGAUAAUUUUCCUGACCUUUCACACAUGAUUAAAUUUGAGAGUGACACCCACCAAGAUAUACUCCUCUGGAGCUACAGAGACACUUUCUUCAAUCUGACUCUGAAAGAGGUGCUGUUUCUGAAGUGGGUCAGCAGCAGCUGCGCAAAUGUCCAGUUUAUUUUUAAGGGUGAUGAUGAUGUUUUUGUGAAUACCAAUCAGAUCCUGGAUUACUUGAAGAGUUUAUCAAAGGAAAAAGCCAAAGACUUAUUUAUAGGUGACGUGAUCAAAGAUGCUGGACCUCACAGAGAGAAAAAAUUGAAGUACUACAUCCCAGAAAGUGUCUAUGAAGGUUCAUAUCCCCCGUACGCAGGAGGUGGCGGGUUCCUGUACUCUGGUGAUCUGGCACUAAGACUGAAUAAUGCAUCUGACCAGGUACUCCUCUACCCUAUUGAUGAUGUUUAUACUGGAAUGUGCCUUCAGAAGCUUGGGCUUGCUCCAGAAAAACACAAAGGCUUCAAAACAUUUGAUAUUGAAGAGAAAUACAGAAAUAACAUCUGUUCCUACACAAACUUAAUGUUAGUGCAUAGUAGAAAACCUCAAGAAAUGAUUAGGAUUUGGACACGCUUGCAAGAUCCACACUUAAAUUGUUAAAGUAAUGUGCAUAAGUGUCUUAAGCCCAAAAAAACUUUGCAAGUUUGGAUCAUUGAAGCUCUGUUUAAUAGUUGAAUUUUUGCUGUAAACUUUUUCCUGUACUUCUGAAAAUGAGAGUAAUACUAAAAUUUGAAAGGAUGGCUUGAAGGCUUGGUCCUGACUUUUCCACUGUCCUGGUGGUCGUUAUGUUUCAAUAUUUGUCUUAAUUUUAGAAAAGACUUUGAGGCUAUAACUAGCUGUCAGUGACUGAUUAGCUGUACUGGAAACAGGGAUUGCUUACAACAUUGCGUCUUUCAUCAAUUGUGAUGGUGGAAGAUCAUUUUCCCUUGAGUAGUGUUUGUGUGUGGAAACCACUGUAAAUUGAAAAUACACAAAUUGGGGGAAUGUAGUUUUCUUUUUGGACAUGAUAUGCUUAGGAGACUUUUGAAUUUUUAAUUCAUAGUUUUCAGUCCUUUUGCACCCUGGAACAGUAUAUUUUUCCUUUACUUAUUAUCCUUUGUGCAAAGUGUACCUGUGUCUGAAGGAUUUAAGGAUUUACCCUUCUAUUAGAUGAAGCUGCCUUUUUUUUUUUUUUUUUUUUUUUUUAACAAAAAAGGUAAUUCUGCUAGAAAUGCCCUCUAAGAGCUCAAUGUGUAAGGAAAAAGAUUAGGGCUUUUUUUGGGGCUGAGCAGGUAGGGCUGCCCCUGCCUCGGGCCUAUGUACUGAAGCUGACUUGUUGCUCAUGUUAUUUGUGUAGAAAGCUACUCUGGUCAAUCCUUGCUUUCUUUUCG